CUGCUGCUUCGUGCUCCUCCCGGCUGGCACCCACUCUGCAACAGCUGCCCAGGCAGCCUCCUUCUGCCCAACCUGCUGCAGAGCCUCAUCCUGGCUCCCCUCGGCUUAAGAAGGUUCAGGGUCUCUUUCCCAACCUAGCAUUGUCUGGAGGGGAUGGUCCCUCCUAAAGCAUUGCAUGUAUCUGCUCAGAAAAAGGCAGGACAGCUGGGAAGGAGUCGUCACCAAACUAGACAAAGAUGGGCAUCCAAGCACACGAACUCAAAACAGUGACUGGAGUAGGUUCAGGGGCAUUUUGGAAUUGUCACUAGAGGACUUGCAGGACAAUAACAAUGUCUGCAAUGAAAACAUUGGGUUGUUCAAGGAGGUGAUUUUACUGGAGUGGCAGAAAAGCAGAGAGAAGCAGAGCUGUCACCUGUAAGCUGGCCAAGCCUAGAAUCAGUCCAUCUUCAUGUCAGCUUCAUUCCAUCUCCUCCUUGGUCAGUCUUGUCUUCUCCACGGACUGCCUUGCCAGCAGCACCCCAAGCAAUACUGAGGGAUUUUCCUCCUGCGUCCUGCUUCUUCCAGUGCCUCACCAGUGCCCCAGCCAGGUCCUGUGACCUGGCACCAUGGCAGCCAUGGGGGAAUCCAGCACAGGUCCCGUCCCUUCAUUCUGCCCCAGAAGUCGCAUUGACUACAACAUGCCCGUAACACUGGAAACAAACACCUUGCCCUGGUGUUGUGGAUGAAAUAGGAGCUCCAGAUUAAGAUAAUCCAUACUUCUCAAUAAAAUUGGGCGCUUUUUUGGCAAGAAAAAAGUACAUGUGGUCUGAAUGGACGUAAACAAGACACGAGAGCCCUUUUCUCUGUGUAAAGCCACUUCCCCACGAGGUGCGUUCAGGCGAUGACACAAGGGCUAUAAAGGAAGCCCCAAGAUGCUCAUACCUACAUUUUGACCUAGACAUGGCCAUAAUGAGUUUGCUGCAAUGCGUGGGUGCUAGCUCGCUGCUCUAUUUGGCAGCAGGGCUGGUCGCUCUCCUCUACUUUCUGACCAGCUUGAAGAAGACAGUUUGCAAUUUGCCUCCUGGGCCGCGACCUCUUCCUCUGAUUGGGAACUUGAAUGUGGUGGACCUGAAAAAGCCGUUCCAGUCUCUGACAGAGCUCUCCAAGACAUAUGGCAAUGUCUUCACUGUGCAUUUCGGACCCAGGAAAGCUGUGGUACUGGCUGGAUAUGAAACCAUCAAGGAUGCCCUUUUAAAUCAUGCUGACAAAUUUGGCGAGAGAGCAGAAAUACCCAUAUUUAGGAAAAUGACACAAGGAAAUGGCAUAGCAUUUAGCCAUGGAGAGCUGUGGAAAGCUAUGAGAAGAUUCACCUUGUCCACACUGCGAGAUUUUGGGAUGGGAAGGAGAACAAUUGAGGUCCGAAUCCUUGAGGAACUAAAUUCUCUUGUUAAAUAUUUUGAAUCAUAUCAAGGGAAACCAUUUGACACAAAGAUGAUACUCAACAACGCUGUAUCCAACGUCAUCUGCUCUAUAUUGUUUGGAGAGAGGUUUGAGUAUGAUGAUCCUGCAUUUCUAACUUUGCUGAAGCUGUUAAAUGAGAAUACCAAGCUGUUGGGCUCCCCGAUGGUGCUGUUAUAUAAUUUCUACCCAUCCCUUGGAUUUCUCUUUGGAGCUUCCAAGACUGUGCUACAAAAUAUCAAUGAGCUGAACGCUUUUCUCCAGAAGCUCUUCCAAGAGCACAAAGAAGAGUUUAAUGAAAAUAACUUAACAGGUUUUGUCGAUGCCUUUCUGAUGAAGCAACAACAGGAGUCAAAGAAACCCCACACUAUGUUCCACAAUGAAAGCUUGUUGUUUUCAACCCUGGACCUGUUUGCUGCUGGGACUGAGACCACUUCUACAACUGUGCGCUGGGGUCUUCUUCUGAUGAUGAAAUACCCAGAAAUUCAGAGAAAGAUUCAGGAAGAAAUGAACCAUGUCAUCGAACCUGGAGAGAUGCCUAAGUUGGAGGACAGGAAAAAAAUGCCUUACACGGAUGCAGUGAUACAUGAAAUCCAAAGAUUUGCCAAUAUUGUCCCAAUGGGUGUAUCACGAGCAACACCUACCGAUGUGAAUUUCCGAGGUUAUGUGAUUCCUAAGGGUACAGAGGUUAUUCCGCUGCUGACCUCCGCCCUGAACGAUGAGCUGCACUGGAAAACCCCGGAUCAGUUCAACCCUUCCCACUUCCUGGAUGCUGAUGGGAACUUCAUUAGGAGAGAGGCAUUCAUUCCAUUCUCUAUAGGACGAAGGGCUUGUGUUGGAGAAGGACUGGCCAAAAUGGAGCUGUUCCUCUUCUUCGCAGGCUUGCUCCGCAAAUUUGUCUUCCAAGCCCCUCCAGGAGUGGACAAGUCAGAUCUAGAUCUCACUGCUGAUGUCGGCUUCACCCUGAACCCCAUGCCUCACCUGGUUUGUGCUGUGCCCUGUGAAUGAAUGAUCAAACGACAGGCAGUUAGUGUAGUGAACACUUCGAGCUUGA